CAGAAGAAGAGACAAUGUAAACGUUUCCACAACAUCCGGGUCAUGAGGGACCAAAUAUGGUCAACUACUAGCUGGCUUCCGUUAGCUUGUCCGCUUUAGCUCCAGGAAAGCCGUUAGAAGUCUGAUGGCUUCAUUUGGCUGGAAGAGGAAAGUCGGUGAGAAGGUUUCAAAGUCAGUGGUGCAACAGUUCGAGGCAGAGGCAGAGAAAGCUGAAGGUCCAGGUGUGGAGGAGGAGGAGGAGGAGGAGGAGGUGAACUGGCUGCACGCCAUCAAACGAAGGAGAGAGAUCCUGCUGGAGGACUGUGCAGCCAAGAGCAAGAGGCUGAAGGAUGAGGGUGCACAGCUGGCCGAGCAAGGCAGGCACUGGGAGGCCGUUAAGAAGUGGGACGAGGCCAUUCAACUGACUCCAGACAACCCAGUGCUCUAUGAGAUGAAGUCUCAGGUACUGACCAUCCUGCAGGAGUUGUUCCCCGCUGUGAAGGCAGCGGAGCUGGCGGUGAAGUUCCGCCCCCUGUGGUGGGAGGGUUGGCAGACUCUGGGCCGUGCCCAGCUCAAUCUGGGAGAGGUGGACCUGGCUGUGCGGUCCUUCCAGGUUGCGAUCCACCUGUGCCCAUCGGAGCACUCCCUGUGGCAGGAAGACCUGGCGUGGGCAUGCAGGUUACGGAAGCAGCACUUAGCAACCAAAGAGAAAAUACGGCAAGAAGAGGAGACCCAAAAACAAAUCCUCAAUGCCCCAGAGCUCGAGCAGGACUAUGAUUUUGAAUCUGAUGAGGUGCUGGCCGCAUGCGAGGCCGUUGCUAAGCGGCAGACGCGCUAUGAGGAGCUGAAGAGGACUACCGUGAUCAUAGACACUGAGGGAAAUAUAAAAAAUGUAGUCACUGGGGAAGGGGGAUCAGAGGACACAGCGACACCGUCAAAGGAACAGUUUGUCAAAGCAAGAGGCCUCUGAACUCUGAACUUUGGUCUCGGCAUGAAUUAAUUGUCCUGGUUUCAUGUUUUGCUCGUAUAUCUAAAACCUCUGUGAGUGUGUGACGCUGUGGCACAAAAAGCCUGAGAAGCAGUCGACUGAGUUUUGUUGUUUCACUUUUUUUCCCCCCAUCCUUUUAAUGUUAAUUGUGUUUAAAUGUGCAUAGGAAAUAUUUACAUGCACUCAUAAAGAUUAAAGAUAUAUUUUUUAGUCUGUUCUGGCUCUUUGCUGUAAAUUACACUCGGUUCCAGACAACCAAGAUGUUUUUGACGGCUUUCACAUCUCCUCGUUCUGUUCCAUCUUGAUGUGGGCAUUCGUUUUAAAAUUACAGAUAAUCUACUGUGUGGUUAAAAUAAGCCGGAUUGUUUUGUACAGUUCAGAUUCAUUUGUACAAAUAAAAAUGAUAAACGAAACCUGCAGUCACACUGAAAUUAUCCUACAGAUGAAUCUGUGAAAAGCUGUUAACACAUUGAUGAAGCAGCACAAUCUGUUGGCUUCUGUAGUACAUUAAAUACACGUUUAGGAUUUAGUUUUAUCCAGGGAUUUGUUCUUUUUGAUUUGUGUUCGUAGAUACAAAUCAAAGAGAAAGAAACAGCCAGAAACUCCAUAAUAAUAAUAAUAAUAGUCGAAUGUUAAUGACCUGUGAGGUUCAGAUGUGUCUAUGUGUGGCUUUUGCUGGAAAAGCGUGCAUGCUCAGCAAAUUGUCAAUGUGAAUAGUCUGUGAAUAAACACGAAAUAGAAAUGUGA